UCGACUUCCUCCUCUGUGCAGAUUCCAUGGCGAGUGAUAGCGGGGAAGAGUUGAUUCACCUACCGUGACCACACUGACCCGCGCAUCAACCUCAACACACGCUUUCAUCGGUUGUCCUUUAUAAAGACUGACACCAGACGAGUAGUUCUUUGGCUUCGGUUUCAGUGAAAUUGGUCGUUGCAGUCGUUUUGGAGAUCUGGGUGUUUUCUGAACAAAACGCGGUGCUGUUGCCCUCCAUCUGUCAUUGUGUUGUGGCUGUAGCUGCUCCUACUGAAGAACUGCCAUUCGAUGGCUCUAAUGGACAAACACAAAGUGAAGCGGCAGAGACUGGACCGCAUCUGUGAAGGCAUUCGACCACCCAUCCUCAAUGGGCCCAUGCACCCUCGUCCUCUGGUGGCACUGCUGGAUGGGCGGGACUGCACUGUGGAGAUGCCCAUCCUGAAGGACGUGGCCACUGUGGCCUUCUGUGAUGCUCAGUCCACCCAGGAGAUUCAUGAGAAGGUUCUCAAUGAGGCUGUGGGUGCUUUGCUAUACCACACCAUCACGCUGUCACGAGACGACCUGGACAAAUUCAAAGGUCUACGGGUCAUCGUGAGAAUCGGCAGCGGGUUCGACAACGUCGAUGUCAAGGCUGCGGCAGAGCUGGGUAUUGCGGUGUGUAACGUGCCCGCCGCAUCUGUGGAGGAAACGGCAGACACUUCCAUGUGUCUCAUUCUGAACCUGUACCGUCGUGUCACCUGGAUGCAUCAGGCUCUGCGCGAGGGCACCCGCGCAUCUAGCGUGGAGCAAAUCAGGGAGGUGGCUGGAGGCGCUGCCCGCAUUCGAGGAGAGACGCUGGGCAUCAUCGGGCUUGGACGUGUGGGCCAGGCAGUUGCUCUAAGGGCAAAGGCCUUCGGGUUUGGAGUGAUUUUCUAUGAUCCGUACCUGCCGGAUGGUGUGGAGCGGUCACUUGGGCUCCAGCGCAUGGCAACACUACAGGACCUUCUCAUCCACUCGGACUGUGUGUCGUUACACUGCAGUCUGAAUGAACAUAACCACCACCUCAUCAAUGACUUCACCAUCAAACAGAUGCGUCAGGGGGCGUUCCUGGUGAACACCGCUCGUGGAGGUCUGGUGGACGAGAAAGCUCUGGCCCAGGCUCUGAAAGAGGGCAGAAUACGGGGGGCGGCCCUGGACGUCCAUGAGACAGAGCCCUUCAGUUUCUCUCAGGGCCCACUGAAAGACGCCCCGAAUCUUAUCUGUACCCCACACACAUCCUGGUACAGUGAACAGGCCUCCGUGGAGGCCAGGGAGGAGGCGGCGCGGGAGGUGCGCCGAGCCAUUACAGGUCGAAUCCCUGACAGUCUGAAGAAUUGUGUGAAUAAGGAAUAUCUGAUGGCAGCAUCUCAGUGGCCUUCUAUGGAAGCCGCCUCGGUGCACUCUGAACUAAAUGGAGCCGCCUACAGGUUUCCUGCAGGUCUGAUCGGUGUAGCAGCGGGAGGCUUGCCUGGAGCCGGGGCGGGAGUGGAGGGCAUCGUGGCUGGAUCUCUGCCCCUGGCCCACGCCAUCGCCCCCGUGUCACACCCCCCUCAUACCCCGUCACCUGGGCAACCCUCCAAGGCAGAGGCUGACAGAGACAUCCCUUCUGACCAAUAGCAUCCCAACACAUUCCAUUUUGCCCUGAUCACCACGCCCUUUCACCUAACCCAAGGGUCGGCCAAGGCGGUCGCCCCUGCUUUCGACACGACUUCGGGUCACCCCAGUCCAACAGAACACGUGUACAAACCCAGGAGUAACCAACUCGAAAACCCUCAAACUCACCCCUCACUUCCACUCGCUGUAUACGCUCAACUUUUUCCACUUUGGCAGUAAGCAAUAACUUCUCUCAAGGACUCAAUAAUUGGAUUGACACACUCCUUUCUAAGCUACGAAUCCCAAUUCUUUUGCUUUGUGGACUAGUUGGAGUUUUUUUUCCCGUGGUGUUUCUUUCUUUUCCAUCAAACUGUUUAACAGCAUGGAAAUAAACGCAUGGACCUUCAUCCCUUCAUCCCCCAUCUUCAUUCAAGCAUACAUUUUGUAAACCACCUCAACCCUGUCCUCUCUUAGCAAACGUUCGGUCAUCAAAACAAAGCAACGGUUGCUUGCGUCUUAAUAAACUCCUCUAGCUAUCAGCGUUUAUUUCACAGCCUGUCGUUCGAUGUUAGAGAUCAAGACUAAUGAUUAGCCCGUGGCUAAGAGUAACUCGGUCCAUUUGUGUUUCUCUCCAUGUGGAAGGCAUCUAGAAUUGUCCAUCCUCUCUCGAAAAGACGUUUGCAGGAAGCAAGAGAGCUUUUGAGGUUUGAUCAUGUGCUGGCUUUAAGUCACAAGCCCUAUAGAAUCCAUAGAGCCUGAGGUCCGCGGUGUCAUUGAAACAGCAUAUGUGAAAUUCCAUCAUCUUGUGAUAGCCAGAUUUGUUUUGUGUAGCUUUUUGUGAACGGCUUCACGAUGAGAGAUUUGCUGACGGCUCACAAGCACUCCCACGUUUCUAGUUUCAAAUAAAGCCAUAGUCACAGUUUGUUACAAAAACACACAUCCUUGUUUCUGCACUGCUGGUUUGGCGAGACCGAUACUUGGCACACCUCUCAAAAUGUUCGACAUCGACUGAUAAUCCAUGACAAUAUCGGCACCUUUUGUAUUCUAAGCCAUGUGAAGAAGAAUAUUUGCCUUGUUUUCCAUAUCCUCUCUUUCUCUCCUAGAUAUCUCUUGCUGUACUUCCUCCUCGUGCCUCCUUUUUCGAUUAGGGCCUUCUCUUCGUGACACAGCGAGGCACCUCGUCCACCCUUUAUCUCCGCUCUCGUCCUCCAUCGGGUUCCCAUGAAAUCACUGUGCAUCAUGCCAGCUAUGCCCUUCCUCGCCGAUAUCUUCCCACAAGGCACUUAAGUCUCCGACUCUUUCCACUCAAACACGUACAGUUGUAAGCAGCCUCAUCCACUUGCGAAGACGUCUCUGUUUACACGUUCUGCUCAUUUUUGAGGUAACGUUGCAGUAAUGUUGUUUGGCCAGCAGGAGGCAGUAGGUCAAUGGCCCUCUCACAACUGAUUAUUUGAUACCAGCUCACCAUCACAUAGCCAGUCUCCCGGUUGCUUCAGAAGACGGAAGGUUAGCAGGAGAUCAGACGUCAGAGACCCACGGAGACGUGCUGUGGACUGCUCCAUCCAUCCGAGUCUCAUUGGCGUCUUGUGUGGUUUCAGGUUUUCUGUGCUCUUAGAUGAUUCGUAAAGCACACAAGAUAAGGUGGAACGACUGUAACUGAAAAGCCGCUUGCUUUCCAAAGAAGGUUAGGUCGUCCCCAUGCUUAAGAUGCGUCUCGGGAUGCCGUUCGGUGCGAAGAGAAAGGCCUUUGUAAUACCUCAGUAACAGAUAUUGAAUGUAUGCUCAGAUCUUUCUUGCUUUGUACAGCUUUUUUUUCCUUAAUUCUGAGGGGGUGUGUAUGGGUCUACAUGUGUGUGACUGUGUGACUGCUUAUCUAGUAUAUCAGUUAAACCUGAAUUACAAAACUAAGCUUUUUUCUUUUUUUCUCCGAGCAUAGGGUUACUUUAUAUUGUUUCAUAGAUGUAGUUUGAAUCUCAGGCUUUAGCUUUAUAGGAUCUGUGAUUUUUGUAAUUUUCUGUAAAAAAAAAAGAGAGGAGCACAGUCUUUGAAAUGUAUGCGUAUAAAUGGAAAACGGGGGUCUGAAUGGGUACACUAUUGAAACUUAAUAUCUGAAUAUGGGUUGAGUGUGAGAAUUGGCUGGCUACAGAUCGUUCUAUAUAUCUGAUGUUGUUGUAAGUAACCCCGGAUGGUUGUUUUCCUUGAUAGUCAGUACUCAUGGAAUAAUGCAUGGUGAUGUACCUUUUAGGCCCCUCCCCUCAUCCCUUAUUGGCCACGUUUGAUGUUGAGUUUUGAGUGACAUGCAGCUUUCCUAGACUGAAGUGAUGCCCUUUAUUCCCAUCAACACAGCUCUGUGAAAUAAUCUCUUUUUUUGGCUACGUUUUUGUUGAAUUUUGAAAGUUCCUUCGAGCAUUAUUGUGGUGUUUUCUUGCCGUCAACCUCAUCCGGCUUCGAUAUAAGAUGUGCACUGUGUGUUAUAACCAAGAAGUGGAUAGUUGUGUCAUUCAGUGUUCGACAUGUUGUACUGAAACAUUUCAAGACGAAUCUUGGUCAAUAUUUUACCAUUCAGCAUCCGGGAAUCCCUCAUGUUUCGAUUACAGUUCCAGUCACGUGGUCCCCUCGCUGCCUUAACGUUGUAGAUCGUGGUGGGCUUGGUGAAUAUCUUUUCCUUGGUGCCCCACGCAAACCCUCCUCAUCCCGCCAAUCACGCACGCAAGAGAGAGGAAGCCGUACGUCGCUCUGUGUGCUCGAUGCAUAUUUCGGGAGAACACAAAUGGCUUUGGCGAUAAGGUGCGGAAUCAGGACAAGCUGAUCCCUGUUGUGGGAUGAAGCUGUGCGAGUCUAUAAAGGAAGGCUGGAGAGGAAAGAUAUGGACUUGGAGCGGUCAGUUUCUCUCUCAGGGUUCUACACACAUAUCCUUCAACAGUCCGUCAUAAUCUUCCUUCAUAUGAAUGAAAAUGAUGUAGAGCUCACUCUUAAACAGUCCAUCUUUCGACAGUGAGUGUCUUUUCCUUUCUAUCUCUCUUCUUUGCUUUCUUACCACGUAUUUGUCGCACCGACACCUAACAACAGAAGAAUGAAUGUUUUAAUAGAACCGCGUGUACCGUUGAAGUUGGGAAAUGUAUUUUUACAACAUGUGAACUUUUUAUUCCUUUCUCUUACCUUCUUUUUGUUAUGGAUUGGUUUUUCUCCCUCUCCCCCAUCACCAGACUGCAAAAAAGUAAAAACUGAAAAAAAAACAUGUAACUAGGCUCUUAAGCUUUACUUUUGUUUUUGUUUACUUUUUUAUUAGAAAACAAUCAUGUUUGUGAUGGUAACCUCUGAUGGUAAAUUCCACAAGGUAUUUUAAUAAAAUCCUAAAGAUUAAA